AUGAGGAGGCCCCAGACGCUGACUCUUGUUGGCUUACUACUGCCUGAACUCCUGCUCUCAGAAGCUGCCAAAAUCCUGACUCCAUCUCUGGUGGAUGUUAAAGAGGAGGAGAAAUCAUACAAAAUUAUUAAUUGGUUUCUACCUGAAGACAAUAACAAGGAAUUUAAGAAGUCUUUUGAAUUCUUUAUGGAAAAAAAUUUUAAGGGCAGAAUCGCAUUUGAACAUCUUUUAAAUAUUUUCAAACAACUAGGGUUUCAGUGCAGUCAAUUGCUAAGGAGAAAUGAUACCAUGAAUUCUUUAAAGACAGAGAAGUUUGACCUGGUGAUAGUUGAAGCUUUUGAGUAUUGUCUUUUCCUGGUUGCUGAGAAGCUUGGGAAGCCAUUUGUGUCCACUCUGCCAUCCUCAUUUGGCACUGUGGACUUUGGGCUACCAAGCCCCCUGUCUUAUGUGCCAGUGUUCUGUUCCUUGUCAACUGACCACAUGGACUUCUGGGGCCAAGUGAAGAAUUUCAUUAUGUUCUUUGAUUUCUCUGUGAAGCAAUGGUAGGUUUAUUCUAAGUAUGAUAAGACCAUCAAGGAGCAUUUCCCAGAAGGCUCUAGGUCAGUUCUGUCUCAUCUUCUAAAGAAAGCAGAGCUGUGCUUUGUUAACUCCAACUUUGCCUUCGGAUUUGCUUGGCCCCUGCUUCCCAACACCGUUGGAGGCUUAAUGGCCAAAUCUACUAAACCAGUACCACAAGAAUUUGAGAAUUUCAUUGCUGUGUGGAGACUCUGGUUUUGCCCUGUGGCCCUAGGCUCCAUGGUGAACUUCUGUCAGUCCCAGGAGGUGGUCAAGAAGAUGAAUGCUGCCUUUGCUCGUCUCCCUCCAGUGAUAUGGAAGUAUAAGCCUUCUCAUUGGCCCAGAUACAUAAAAUUGGCAGCAAAUGUGAAAAUUGUGGACUGGCUCUUUUUUUUAUUUGCAACAACUUACCCUCGAAUCUGCCUUUCUGUCACCCAUGGCGGGUUGACUAGUGUCAUGGGCAUCCAACAUGGCGUGCCCAUGGUGGAGAUUCCGUUCUUUGCUGACCAGCCUGAAAACCUGAUCUGGGUUGAAACCAGAAAAUUUGGAGUCUCUCUCCAGUUAAAGCAGAUCAAGGUUGAGACAUUAGCUCUGAAGAUGAAAGAAGUCAUGGAAGAAAAGCAGUACAAAUCUGCUGCGGUGGCUGAUAGCAUCAUCAGGCGCACCCACCCCCUGACUCCUGCCCAGCAGCUGGUGGGCUGGACCAAAUAUAUCCUCCAGAUGGUGGAUGCAGGGCACCUCAAGCCCCACACCUUCCAGCAGCCAUGGCAUGAGCAGUACCUGCUGGGCGUCCUCUUGUUCCUGCUGAUGGUCACCCUAGGCACCGUAUGGCUCUGUGGGAAGCUGCUGGGCCUGAUGGCCAGGUGGCUGUGUGGGGCAAGGAAGCUGAAGGAGGCCUGAGGCUACGUGGAGCCUUGGAAAGCAGAGUGUUUGGGCAGCGUCACCAUUUCUUGGCCUCUCCCAACAGGUGUGUCCAAUCCUGUUCUUCACAUCCUAUCCACUGUGAAUUUUGCUACAAAUUUCUGCUCACUGGCUUCUUCCCACAAUUGGAAUUCUUUACUGAGCACUUGUGGCCUUCGUUCCUGCUAGUCAGCAAGGGCUAUUCUGUGAUUCUGCCCCCAGGUAAUUUGGACAGGGACCCUCAGAUCUGAGGUCUUGAAGCCGCCUUCCUUACCAUGCUCUUCUUCAAGGCCCUGAAUCUGAACCAUUCCAGCCUCCAUGCCAGGUGUCUGGUAUCUUCUCAGCCUCCUUCCUUCACUCUUCCUCCGCCACUUGUCAUGGAA